CAGCGUCGGACAGUACUGCAAGUUAUCCUCCAUCCAUUGAAUAACAGCAUUCGGAAGAAGUGAUUGCGUCGCAUCUACGUGAAAGUGGAACUCACUUCCUUGGACUAUGCUACUAACAAUGAAGCUUGGAAUGAGAGGAUUGCGGCUCCUUGGAACCUUUUUUGUGUUAUUGAGUGGCCCGCUGGCUGUGCCCCACGGCACAUUCCUCGCCUGGGCCUCGUCUUCGCACGGUGCCGGUAGCAGCAACAACAACAACGGAAUCAGCGGCAGCAACGUGCAGGGUCCGCAACUUACGAGCGAGCUACCGUCUCGGUUGCUCUUCUCCAACUCGUCUGGAGGCAGCCUGCCGUGUUCCGCCACGGGUCAGCCGGCACCGACGAUUCGCUGGCUCACCGAGGACGGCGACGAGGCAGCCGACGUGCCCCGACUCAGACACGUGCGUCAAGGAGACGGAUCCCUGGUGUUCCUGCCCUUCCGCGCCGACCAGUUCCGCCGGGACGUGCACGAGGCUCGCUACCGGUGCUCGGCAAGCAACGCCAUAGGCACGGUGAUCAGCCCACAAGUCCACGUCACCGCUGUGCUUGACACCAACUACGACAUGCGGUUCUCGGACAAGCACGUGGUCGCCGGCAAUCCGGUUUUGCUUCAGUGCCCCAUUCCCAGCCAUUUGGGGGACCACGUGUUGGUGACGUCAUGGCAGCGAGUGGACGGCUACGUCAUCACGAGGAACACGCAUGGCGAUGACUAUAUGGUGACGGCUGACGGGCAGCUCUACAUCCGAGAAGCGCGUGACGCUGAAGAACUGCUGCGCUACCGGUGCCACACCGAAAACACGCUCACUCGUCGGAAGAAGACAAGUUCCAACUUUGUACGCCUGCUCCUGAGGGAUCCAGUUACUAUGCAGACGCCAUCCAUCGUUUACCGAAGCAACAGGGUGCAGAGUGACCCAGGUCAGCCAGUGGAUUUACUCUGCGUGGCCGAAGGUUUUCCUGUUCCAGGUUACAGCUGGUAUAAGCGUGACGGCCAACGGAUGCUGCCCCUUGAGCCCGGCAUGGACGUUCGGCAGGUCGCUGGGGUGCUGCAUUUUCGUGAGGUGGAGGCCGGCGAUGCCGGCACUUACGUCUGCCUCGCUUCUAACAGCGUCGGUGAAGCGCAGGUCGACCUAGAGCUCGUCGUCACUCCUAAGCCUUGGGUGACAGUCACCCCAGCGCACGUAAGGGCCGAGGUGGGGCACGCUGCUGCAUUCCGCUGCAACGCAUCCGGCCUGGACUGGGGUGUGCUGGACGAGACGAGUCUCGAGUGGAGACACAAUGGCCGACGCGUGAUGCCGUCCACUCAGCAAGGUGCAGGAAUGGGCCGCUCCCGUGUUCUGCACCUUCCUUCAAUCCGGCGUCAGGACCAAGGGAUGUACCAGUGCUUCGUGCGCCUGUCUCCCAAGCGCACCGUUCAGGCCGCCGCUGAGCUCAUAGUUGGUGAUCAAGCACCAAAGCUCAAGUCAGCCUUCGAAGACACAACUGUGCGCCCGGGAAAGCCCGUGUCGCUACGUUGCGUUGCGUCGGGGGACCCGCCGCCACGCAUCACGUGGCUUCUUGAUGGAGUGUGGCCCAUCGAUUCCAGGCACGGCCGCGUUCGUGUGCGAACUACCGGUGCGGAAGCUGGUUCUGGCUUGAGCGGAGCCGAGGUGUCCAGCACGCUGUCCAUCUCUUCGGCCGAGGUCCAAGACGGCGGGUCGUACUCGUGCGAGGCGUCGAACUAUGCCGGCGUCGCCUCGCACUCGGCUCGUAUCAACGUGUACGGUUCUAUCUACGUCCGACCUCUGGGCAACCUGUCAGCGCUGGCUGCCGCCACUUUCUCGGUGCAGUGUCCAUUCGGUGGUUACCCCUUCGGACACGUAUACUGGGAGAAAGAUGGACGGAGACUUCCGCUAAACCAACGCCAGACAGUGUUUCCCAACGGGACGCUACAGAUACAGGGAACGGACCGUGAGCACGACCAGGGCCAGUACACGUGCACCGUGCAUGGACCGGACUCCCAGAUCAUUCACCGAACCAUCUCGCUCCACGUGCGCAGCGGACCGCAGAUCACGCCCUUCACUUUCCAGGCAAACUUGCACGAAGGCGUGCGCGCUGGGCUCACGUGUUUAGUGCACGCCGGAGACCCUCCUAUCCGUCUGGAGUGGCUGCGGGACGGCAAGCCGCUUGUGCCUGGUGCUCAUCCCGACGUGUCCAUCAUGACCGACGAGGGCGGCUUCGUGUCGACACUAACGCUGAAGCGUCUCUCGUCGCGACAGAACGGCAACUACACUUGCAGGGCUACAAACCAGUACGCGUCCGCCGAACAUUCCGCAGAGCUACUAGUAAAAGGCAAGUACGCCGUUCCGUCAUACAAACGGAUAUAA